UAGAGAGACAAGCCAGUUAGAGUGUUUAGUACACACACAUACAAAAAGAUUCAUAAGAAUCAUUUCAAAGAUUUAGAGUAACCAAAAAGAGUGAAAAAGAAUGAACAGAAUGAGCAAUACAGUAAUAGGAUUCUUGAAUAUUCUAACACUAGUCUCAUCCAUAGUUAUAAUAGGAUCGGCUCUAUGGAUGGGUAAGAGCAAGACAACAUGCGAGCAUUUCCUUCAGAAGCCACUUCUGGUCUUAGGCCUAGCGAUCAUGGUCUUAUCACUAGCUGGUCUGAUCGGUGCAUGCUGCGACGUGGCUUGGGUCUUGUGGGUGUACCUCUUUUUCAUGGUCUUCAUCAUAGUUGCCCUCAUGGGUUUGACCCUUUUCGGGUUUAUUGUAACUAGCCAUGGAGGUGGUGUGGGUGUGACUGGUAGGGUUUAUAAAGAGUUUAAGCUUGAAGAAUAUCAUCCAUGGCUUAAGACAAGGGUUAUGGAUGCUAAUUAUUGGUUGACUAUAAAGACUUGUCUCUUGAGCUCACUCACUUGUUCCAAGCUCUCUCUUUGGACUCCUAUUGAUUAUCUCCAAAAGGACUUGACUCCUCUACAGUCUGGAUGCUGCAAACCACCGACGUCGUGUGUAUACAACACGGAGACGCCAAUACAACAAGAAUCCGAUUGUUACCGGUGGAACAAUGCUGCAACGGUGCUAUGCUACGACUGUGACUCGUGUAGAGCUGGCGUUUUAGAGACAGUGCGGCGCGAUUGGCAUAAACUCUCUAUAGUUAACGUCGUCAUUAUUCUCUUCCUCAUCGCCAUUUACUGCGUUGGGUGUUGCGCGUUUAAAAACGCCAAACGCCCUCAAUAUUAUGGUUUUCCUUACGGACGUUACGGCAUGUCCAAGUCUCGACCCGGUUGGGAACAGUCCUGGUCGAGGUGGUGGCAUGGUAGAGACCGGUAUUACUAAAGAUAUAUUUAUGUAAUGUGUCCGUUAGCGCUCGUCCCACAUCGGAAGUCUUGAGAUGAACACUCCUCUUUCGCGUAGUAUAAAAGAACACGAAGGUCGAACCUUUAAAGGUACUUACCUGGACGGGGUCAACUCAUGAUCAAGAAGAUGAGUGGCCUAAGCUAGUGACCUCCAUUGCACAUAACGGAGGGGCGCUUAGCCUUAAGGUCUCCCCAAGUGGGAGAGCCUGCGUCAUUAUUUGUGGCAGUUGGGGCCUGCGUUCGCGCGGCCCCUACCAUUUUCCAUAGUCUAAUUUUAUGAGAUGGAUGUCAGGUUUCAAAGCAGCCUCUUUGUGCUAGAUCUAUUUUAUUCCCAGAAACACCCAAGACAUGGCUGUACUGGGCAUAAAAAUGUGUUCAUUUUCAUGAACAAAAAUGUUGGUCCGAGAUCCUUGCUAAUUUUACUCAUCUGUGUCUGUCCAAUUAUAGGUUCAAGGGAGAGGCUAAUCUCAGUCAUAGUUGGAGAAAACAAAUUAAUCUCCAAGGCAGAGAGAGAUUUUCUAUGAAACCUCUAGUUUCUUCCUAGUAUUACAACCCUAUUAGUUUCUGAGUGAUUUAUCUAAAGCUUAAUGAACUCUGUGAUUAAUACUGGAACCCAAACCACUGAUAUGGGGUGGUUCUGUUCCACAUAGAACAGUCUCAUUGCCUUUCGUCAUUAGUUUAGUACUACUGCACAUGAAAAACAGUGGAAAAAAUUAGGAUUUUCAAUAUAGCCUUUGACAUCCCACAUUGGAAACUCUCUGAGACAGCUAGCACUUGUACUGUAUCAAUAAGACAGAAAGUCUAACCUGAAAAGAUACAUACCUGGACGGGGUCAGCAAACGUUCAAUAUGUUUUGAGUGGCCUGGGCUAGUAAUAUCCAUUGCACUGUGGAAGUGUGCUGUAUAGCUUAUGGUGUCUCCAAGUGGGAGACAUCGAAGUCCCCUCCCAAAUCUCUCCAGUAAAAUUUCAUAAGCUCACUGUUUUAUUCUGAUACAUACUGUUAUAACAUCUGAGGCCACUAAGCAGGACCUAUCGACACAUCACACAUGCAUCAGAUUAUGAUUUAAAUGGCAACAAGUUGUGAGAUUGCGAGAUUCACAGCAAUGGCAAACACUGCUUCGACUUGAGCCACAAACUACUAACUUGAUGUGAUCUUGUGCUGCAUUUCAUCCAAAAUAUCAGACUUUUAAACAAGUGAUAGGCGUUCUCAUUGUUCUGCUUGCAAACCAGUAAGAAAGAAACAAGUUUGGUCAGAAAAUAAAGUCAACUACGAGCCACUUCAGACCGGCUUGACUCUUUGAUCUAA